UCCUCACUUCACUUGAACCCUCUGUACUGACACUAUGGGUUGCUGUGGUUGCAGAGGCAGCUGUGGAAGCUGUGGUGGUGGCUGUGGAGGCUGUGGUGGUGGCUGUGGUGGCUGUGGAGGUUGUGGUGGCUGUGGUGGCUGUGGUGGCUGUGGUGGUGGCUGUACCACUUGUACUUGCUACCGUGUGGGCUGCUGCUCUGCCUGCUGCCCCUGCUGCUGUGGCUGCUGUGGAGGCUGCUGUAGCCCAACAGUUGUCUGCUGCCGCCGCACCUGCUGCUCUGGCUCCUGUGGCUCCUGUGGCUGUGGCUGUGGCUGUGGUGGUAGCUGUGGUAAGGGCUGUGGCUGUGGCAAGGGAUGCUGCCAACAGAAAUGCUGCUGCCAGCAAUGCUGCUGUAAGAGGCAAUGCUGCUGCUAGGGGGGAGCAAUCAAGAGCAGGCCUCUGGAAAGGAUUUCUUGGGGGCACAUGCCCAACAUGAAGGUAAGACUAUCUUCUGUUAGCUUGUCUUCUUCUCUAUGAUUCAUAAGUCAUCUUUGGGUUCCAAAAUGUGUAUAUUAACUCUCGAUAAAUUGCAUUCUGUGGCUGUUGCAGUUCUCUCCAAAAGCCCCCAGUAUCACACAGAUGCUUGAUUUGGAGAGCAACCAUUUCAACAAAUGGCCUCCCCAACAAUGGGCCAAGGGCCCAGCCCAUUUUCCCCAAAAUUCACUAAUAUCAUCAGUCAACAAAUGUAAUCCUAAUUUCUAGCAUUUUUCUUCUUGCAAUGUCUCUUAUAAAUGUCUGUAUCUAUCUUUGUUCUUUUGGGCAUGUACUGUGUACUCACUGCCCUCUCUACCAUUUCUGAGUCUUUUCAUGCAUAUUCCUUAAUAAA